ACUGUCCUUUUCGCCUACCGUGGUCGCUUCUUCUAGACAAAGCCUCGAUUGAGACCCGCCCCAUCGUCGGCCAUUGCAAUCGACUCCAUUCUCCCUUUCCGGCCCGUGCAUUUCCGGCUGGGCUCGUGCGGACGGAGAGAUAGUUAUGGCCCAUGCUUCUCUCCUUCGCAUGAAUACAGGGCCGGUCGCAGCUAUGGAUGCUGUUCUUGACAGGAUGAAUAGUAUGGGUGUACCGAACGCGCCCCGUGCGAGCCAGCUGUCUGGCUCAGCAACGUUUCCCACCACCAACUCCUCUUCCUCUGUGAACUCCCUGUCCACCGCAAGUACAAUUGCCGCACAGCCGAAUGGCCAGGUCGUGGCGACCAGCAACAUCAUCAACCAGAGGGCCGACGCAUCCCGAUCGCUCUACCAAAUAUGCGUUGCCCUGAAACAGAGGUUGGCCAAGGUGCCGGGCUUCGAGCCAUACAUGGAACAACUGGAACUCAUGGCUGCGGACCCGGAUGAGGGGGGCCCUGUCGAGUCACUAUGGAAGCUCCUGCGCACUGGAUACCCGCUCCUCGCCAUUUACAAUGCCUUGCAACCAGAAACCCCGUUGCAGGUCCAGGCAGCGCCCGAGGCAUCCCAAUCGAAGCGGUCAAAGAUCGCCAUUCUCCGUUUUGUCGAGGCCUGCAAAUCCAAGCUCAUGCUCCCAACCACUGAUGUCUUUAUCAUCACCGACCUUGCAGGGAAUGACACCACUGGGUUUGUCAAGGUCACCACCGUCAUCAACCAUGUCCUAGAUCUCGCCGAGCAGCGGGGCCUCCUUCUUCAAAUCCAGCCCUACCCCGAAGACGAUGCAAUGGAAGCAGGCUCGAAAAUGAGCUAUCGUGAUUACGUCGUGCGCGAGUUGGUUGACACAGAGCGCAAAUACGUCCAAGAUCUCGAGCAUCUUCAUGAUUUGAAGAAGACCCUGGAACAGAACGGCAUUAUCGCGGGCGACAAGGUCCACGAUAUUUUCCUCAACAUCAAUGCGAUCCUGGACUGCCAGCGGAAAUUCUUGAUCAAGGUGGAAACAACAAACUCGAUGCCACAAGCAAGGCAAGAGUGGGGCAACCCGUUUGUUCAGUACGAAGACAUAUUCAACAUGUGUUACCAACCCUUCAUCGCAAACCAGCGGAAGGCUGGUCAGCUAGCCAGCCAGGUCUUUGACAAGAUCCAGACGGCCCGACACCCUGUCGCCUUGGACUUCAACACCCUCGACGGCUUCCUCCUGAAGCCCAUGCAGCGACUUGUCAAGUACCCGCUCCUCCUCAAGGAUCUGCUGAAGAAGAACGAAGACGAAGCGACCAGGGCCGACCUCACAGCGGGAAUAGCCUCCGCCGAACGUGUGCUUCACAAGGCCAACGACGCUGUGAACCGGGACCUUUUGGGCGAGGCGGUGGACGACUUGGUUAACCGGGUUGAAGACUGGAAAAAACACCGAGUGGACCACUUUGGGGACCUGCUCAUGCACGGAGUCUACACUGUCGUCACCGGCAAAGGUGACCAGGAGAAGGAUUAUGAGAUUUACCUCUUCCAAUGCAUCCUGUUGUGCUGCAAGGAGGUCGUGCCAGGUAAAACCAAGGAUAAAAAGGACAAGACCAAGUCAACAGGGCCCAAAGUGCGCAACAAGAAUGCGAAGUUGCAGCUCAAAGGCCGGAUCUUCAUGACAAACGUCACCGAAGUUGUUGCUAUGUCCAAGACCGGCUCUUAUACCGUCCAAAUCUGGUGGAAAGGGGACCCUGGUGUGGAGAACUUCAUGAUCAAGUUCCAGAACGAGGAUACAAUGAAGAAAUGGGCCGCAGGUCUCGAUCAGCAGCGCAAGGAGAACGCUCCCCAGUUUGAACAGAAGGUCAACGGGUCAGACGAUUUCACCUGGAUGAAGAACAUGUCCGGCGGUUUGAAGAACCCCUAUGUUCGGGAUCUCGACGAGGAUGAGGACGACGAGGACGAGUCAAACGCCAGUAUUAUGGGGACAACGCCGACAUAUUCGCAAGCUAGCACCCUUGUGGCCAUGCAAGGCACCCUCCCCCGCAACAGUUCGAGCUCCAGCCUACGCCGCCAACGCUCAUUGACGAGCGAGAGCACCCCUGGUAUCCCCAAUAUUGGUCGGGCGCCGCCUCCAAGGUUCCCAAUGCCUCUACCUCCCCAGUCAAACCUGAGCCUUCAGACUCAGGCUCCGGGCCAGGCGUCACCACUACACCGCACAGCCGAGGCAUCAUACUUUUCACCCGUUGCAGAGUCGCCGGUAUCGAGCCGUGCCAGCACCAUCAGCAGUGUCUUCAACGGAUCAGGGUACCCGUUUCCCAAGACCGGCACACCCCAGCCGUGGAAUCCGGAGGAUAGCAAUCGGUAUACCGCUCCGGCAAUGCCACGAGCACCUUCCCGAGACGGCUCCUCUCCCGCCAACGGCCUUGGCAUGAAUGGGCGCAACCCCCGAGGGCCUUCGAUGCCGGUAAUGCCCCGCGACUCGUCACAGUCCAGCCAACUUCACUCGCGUGUCCGCAGCCACAGCACCCCAGAUAUCAAUGGGCAGGCCCAACGCAGUACACAACCGAUACCCGCUGUCCCCGGCAUACCGCCGCAUCUCCACCAACACCAUCCCCCCCAUCCUACCCAUGCGCGACAUGACUCGAACAUCCCACGCAGCAAUGCAGGCAGCCCAGCAAACGACUACCCGAUACGGACAAACACCAACUCCCCGGGGACGCAGCGGGCAAAGACACCGUAUGGGGCUACCAUGGCGCAGUUUCCUACUCAACCAGUGUACCCGCGACAAGGAACACCCGGGAGUGGAAAUAACCUGCCUCCCCCCGGCCCCCCUCCCCCUGGCCUAGCGCCGCUUGCCCCCAUGGACGCCCCAAGGUCACUGGUCCCAGGCAAUGAAAUGGUCCCGCCGACGCCAGACAUGAUGCCGAACCAGCUCAAGGUGAAGGUGAACUGCGAUUUGAACGGCAACGGGGUCUCGGUCACGUUGGUUGCGCAAUUCAAUAUCACAUACCAGAGCCUAAUCGAUCGUAUCGACGUCAAGCUCGCUCGGGUUUCCAACAGCAGUAUUGCGAGAGGCGAUCUGAAGCUGCGAUACCAGGACGAGGACGGGGAUUUUGUAACUAUCGAGAGCGACGACGACAUUCAGAUUGCCAUUUCCGAGUGGCGCGAGGGCCAGAGCAACAUGCCAGGGGGCCUGGGCGAGAUCGAACUCUUUUGCGUGGGCGAGUUGGGCUGAGCCUGAAGAAGGGUGAAGAAGAGUGAAGAAGAGCUUUUUUUUUUGUUGAUGUUACGAUUGAAUGGGGUGUUUUGUUCCUUUGCUCACUGUUGUAGAUUGGGGUAAUACCUACACGGGGUGCGCACCUUGUCUUGGAGGGUAUCAUUGGCUUUGGCUUUGUGAUCGUGUUAGUGGCCCUCGUCUCUUUCAAUUGUGUUGCCAUGUCAUAUAUUGCCAGGUUAAAACAGCUCGCAUAAUACUUUCUUUAU